GAGGUUGCUGCAUACAUAAAGAAUCAACAUCCAUGCUUGGAUUCAAAAAUAUCACAUAGAUCAAAUAAAGGGUAUUUUGAGUUGAAAAUGUCGAUAAAGGAUUUUCAUGAUUUUGAUGAACAAGCCGUUUACAAGUAUUCUAAACUUGCAAAG